AUAAAUGUACUUAGUUACUUUACACCAUUGGCUUUCUCUUUGUCCUCGUUAAGGUAACUGCACGGAUGAGAUGACCUGUGUGAAGGAGGAGAUCUUCGGUCCUGUCAUGUCUGUGUUGUCUUUUGAAAGUGAAGAGGAGGUGCUGCUGAGAGCCAACGACACCGACUUGGGACUGGCUGCAGGAGUUUUCACCAGCGAUGUGAAGCGAGCCCAUCGUGUGGUGGAACACCUGAAGGCUGGUUCCUGUUUCAUCAACAACUACAACAUCACCCCUGUGGAGGUGCCCUUCGGAGGCUUCAAAAUGUCAGGCAUAGGGCGGGAAAACGGUCAGGUGACCAUUGAACACUACUCCCAGCUGAAGAGUGUGUAUGUGGAGAUGGGAGAUGUGGACAGCCUCUUCUAGGACAGAGACGCAUGGAGAGGAAGGUGGAGCUGUAACUGCGACAGAGACUCAAAGUGUGGACCAGUACAAAGCUUCAGGGAAAUACCAUCAAAACUUUGUGCUCCUGAAAAUGAGCCAUUUCUAUUUUUCUGAAUGUCAUUUUAAUGUUAAACUGAGGGAAAAUUAACUACAAAUAGGGAAUAGGGAAUGGGAAAGUGACAUCAGGAACAGCAAGUCCCUUUAAAAUUAAACUUUAAAGUAGCUGACUGUAUACUGCAAGUGAUGAUAAUUGCUGAACUACAGCAACACAAACCGGGAAUAUGAUUUACAACAUGAAAUAUCGCAGUAUACGCACAUACGUGUACUGGCAGAUAAAUUAUGCAUAAUAAUUCGACAUUUCGUUAGCAUAACAUUAGCUAUCUAACCCCUGUCUGUGUGACUCUAUAGUUGUCAUUGAACCUGUAGGUUUGAAGGUCCAGUAUCCCCCCGUUUGUGAACUUGACACGGGCCUCUACAUUUUUGAUAUUUUUAAAAUACAGACAGGUACACACCAACUGUCUGUUUCUGCCUAAAGCUUCUCUUAGCCCCAGAAUGCACCGCGGUUCCCAUUCCCUAUAGCGGAAAUUUGACAUUUACAUCUAAAGCACAUUUCAAUUAACAUCUGCUCCAAAUGGAUUAAACUAAUAGGUCCUCAGUAUUGGCUGAACGAUGAAUUUUCCGCUUGUUGUGCAUACAUGUAUUGAUUUAUAUGAUUUGGACCGUAUGUAUUCUUGCUAAAAAAACUCUUUAAUCCGUACUGUAUGCAGAAUAAUAUUUCUACCGGAGAACAAAUAUGUUUACAAGUCAAGCUUUAUUUCCUCAACAAUCAUAUAAAUAUAUUUGUAUACAUGCAAAAUACAAUAAUAAAUUAAGCUACUUGAACAGAUAUUGAUUAAUAGGCUAGACUGUACACUUCAAAUAUGCCUUUUGUACAAAGUUGUGUAAAUUAGAACUUUAAUUAUGUAAAGAAACUGUCCAACGCAUUUUCACAUGUAACCAAUUGUAACAUAACAUUAAACAGUGUUAACAUUGCAAUAAAAUGAAGAAUUAUUUUA